UAUGCAACUCGGUUAAGCCUUCUCUUUUCCUUCUUUCCCUCCCAACACUUCCCCCCGGUCCAUCACCGGACUUGACUGUCAAGAGAGAAGAAAACCAGCAGAAGAGAAAAUGCUCCGACAGCGAUUGACUGAAAAGCUCGACGGAGCUCCAGCGAUGGCGUCGGUGUGACUGUGAUCGAGUCGGACGAUCUUAAAGAGAGUGUAUGUGUGCGUGUGUGGUGGCAGUCAAGAUAGAUGAAGCACAUUUUCAAGAAGCUUCACAUCGGGAACAACCACGACCCCAACCGAUCCAACGAAACCCUAGGUCCGGCCCAGGCCCAGGCCCCGCCAUGUGCCUCCUCCGAUCAGCGGGCCAGCUCCGGCCAGGCCGCCUCCGUGGCCCCGCCCAGCCCUUCCGCGUCCCCCACGACAACUGCCGCAGCUGCGGCAGCUCCUGCUUCUGUCCCGGCCCCCGUAGAUAGCCGCGGCGGGGACUACUUCUCGUCUGAGGAGGAGUUUCAGAUGCAGUUGGCGCUCGCCAUCAGCGCAUCGAACUCGGAUUUCCGCGGCGACGAUCCUGAGACCGAUCAGAUCCGUGCUGCCACGCUGUUAAGCUUGGGCUCCCACCGGAGGGGCGAUUCUGGUAGGGAUAGGGCGGAGGUCUCUGCUGAGACGCAAUCGAGGCAGUAUUGGGAGUAUAACGUGCUUGAUUAUGAAGAAAAAGUGGUAGAUGGGUUUUAUGACGCGUAUGGGCUUUCUACGGACUCGAGACAUCAAGGAAAAAUGCCAUCUCUUGCUGAUCUGGAAAACAACCCUGGGAAUUCUGAAUUUGAAGUCAUUAUAGUCAAUCGGAAAAUUGAUCAUGGCCUUCAAGAGCUGGCGCAAAUUGCACAGUGCAUUGCAUUGGAUUGCCCAACCACAAAGGUUGCUACAUUGGUACAACAACUUGCUGAGCUUGUAACAAGUCACAUGGGUGGCCCUGUGAGGGAUGCUAACAUCGUGUGGGCUAAAUGGAUGGAAAGAAGCACGGAUUUAAGAACAUCUCUACAUACAAGUUUGCUGCCUAUUGGGUCUGUAAAUAUUGGCCUCUCAAGGCACCGUGCUUUACUUUUCAAGGUUUUAGCCGAUGACAUUAACUUUCCUUGCCGACUGGUUAAAGGGAGCCAUUACACUGGGGUUGAUGAUGAUGCUGUCAAUAUUAUAAAGUUGGGCGAUGAAAGGGAGUUUCUGGUUGAUCUCAUGGCUGCUCCAGGAACACUAAUACCAGCUGAUAUCUCAAGUGCAAAAGAAAAUAAAGCUUAUAAUCCAAAAAUGAGUAAAAUACCAUCUUUGUCUAAUGACCCAGGAAUUUUUUACUCAAGACCAAAGCCGUUACCAGGUGAAGGCAGUAGUCAAAGUUCCGUGGCAGAGAGCAAUUCACGUUUUGAUGGAAGACCGAUUUCUGAAAAGCCAGAUUCUCUUCCCUCAUUCUCACGCGCUAGCAAUGACUCCGGUAUCGGUUCUUCUGGAAUUUCUGGUAGAACCAAUUCUGAUCAACCCGAUCGUCCUUCUGUGUUAGCUGCUGGGAACUCUUCAUAUAAAGGGAUAUUGGGUGGUCAUGUUGUUAACGAGGAUGUGCGGAUGAAUGUUAAUGUGGUACCACAUGAUAGAAACAAUCCAGAGGACCCUAAGAACCUCUUUGCAGAUCUGAAUCCUUUCCAGGUAAAAGGUUUCGGCAAAGCUCCAGUGCACAAAUACUCCACAGAUAACAAGGCUGAUGAGCCUCAGAGACAGAAAGUUGAUAGUGUGGCUGGUCGCCCGCCUGCUCCGCUGAUGUGGAAAAAUCGUCAUGCUUGCAACGAGGUCCCCAAGAAGAAAGAGUAUGAUUACAUGGAGGCUCUCUUUCCAAGAAAUGAUCAAAAACCUGAUGCAAAUAAAAACCAUCCCGGUGGUUUUAAGUUGGGGAAUAACUCGAUUUCAUCUGGUCGAGAGAGCAAUAAUCAGAACCCCUUCGGUGAUGCUGGAUUGGUGUUUGAGAGGAAUCGAAGGAAUGGCACUGAAGGGCAUCCUAUAGCUGCAGACAACGUAAGGAAUGACGCAGCUAAGGAUGAUGUGAAUGAAAUGGGUUUACUUGAUCAUAGGAAGUGCAUGUAUGACAGAUUUAUGGGAACUGAUUGGAAAUCGAAUGAUCCAGAAAGUUCCAGUUCAUCAGUUGAUUCCAAUUCCAAUAAGGGUCAUCAAGUGCUUGACGAUGUUGAUGUAGAUGUUGGUGAACGUGAAAUUCAAUGGGAGGACCUGGUUAUUGGCGAAAGGAUUGGCUUAGGUUCUUAUGGAGAGGUCUACCAUGCUGAUUGGAAUGGCACGGAAGUUGCAGUGAAGAAGUUUCUGGACCAGGAUUUUUCAGGUGCUGCUUUGGAAGAGUUCAAACGAGAAGUGCGAAUAAUGCGCAGAUUGCGUCAUCCAAAUGUUGUGCUUUUUAUGGGCGCAGUCACACGCCCUCCACACCUUUCUAUUAUUACUGAGUUUCUUCCAAGGGGAAGCUUGUAUAGAAUCAUUCAUCGCCCUCAUUGUCAAAUUGAUGAAAAACGUAGAAUAAAAAUGGCUCUUGAUGUGGCAAGAGGAAUGAAUUGCCUGCAUACAAGCAAUCCCACGAUAGUUCACAGGGAUCUGAAAUCACCUAAUCUUCUGGUUGAUAAAAAUUGGAAUGUCAAGGUUUGUGAUUUUGGGCUCUCGAGGCUAAAACAUAACACUUUCUUGUCAUCCAAAUCAACUGCAGGAACACCUGAGUGGAUGGCCCCAGAGGUUCUCCGUAAUGAACCCUCUAAUGAGAAAUGCGACGUUUAUAGCUUUGGGAUCAUUCUAUGGGAGCUUGCAACCUUGAGGUUGCCUUGGAGUGGAAUGAACCCUAUGCAGGUCGUUGGUGCAGUGGGGUUUCAGAAUCGGCGACCGGACAUCCCCAAGGAAUUGGACCCCAAAGUCGCAAGCAUAAUAUGGGAAUGUUGGCAAACUGAACCAAACCUACGCCCUUCCUUCGCACAGCUCAGUGUGGCUCUCAAGUCUUUGCAGCGCCUCGUUGUGCCUUCUCAGUUAGACCAGCCGAAUCCGUCCAUCUCACAAGAAAGGUCAGAACAGCCUCACUCAGUGUUUUCACCAGAGAUCUCAGUAAAUAGAACACCUUGAAGGUCUGUCGGACCAAAGUGUGAAUAAGCAAGUAUUCGCAAUUUGCCCUCCCGAGUGUGGAGAUUGUAUAUCAUCAAUCCAUCACAGUGAAAGUGUAUACAGAGAAACUGUAAGGUAGCGAUGCUCAUCGGGCAGCAGUGUUUUGUUUUGUACAGCUCUGCUUCAAUAGUUUGUUUUCUGUUUUACUUUGAAGGAGCUGAGUUCGUGUUCACGAUGUAUAAGAUGUAUUAGCACAUGUACAUGCAAUCAUAUAUACACCCUCCAAGAUGAGAGGACAGGAUGAGUGUUAUUGUGAAGUGAGUUUUUGGUUGCUGCGGA